AUGUCAUCAAAAGUAAAUGAAAUUAAGAAUUGUUCAACUCAUCAACUCCAGAUAGUUGCAGUCGAUCUUAAAGCCACUAAAGAAAAACAAGAGAAAUUCUUAUGUGUCAAAUGUCUGAUAGAUAGAGUUGAUGGAAAUUAUAUAGUGUUAUUGAAAGAAGGAUUAGAAAUGAUUGAUUAGAUGAAAAAUAAAUUUAAAGAACAAACCAUAUCACAUACUCAACAACAAUAGGAAAAUAUAAAGUCACUUUAAUCCUCUGUCUUAGAGAUGAAUAAACUUUUCUCUGAUGUCUUUACAAAGCUCUAAAAUAACUUUGAUGAAAUAAUCAAUUCAAAUUAAUAAGACAUUUAGACUAAGGAAAAAACUGUAGAGGAAAUAGAUUUAGAUUAAGAUUUUGAAACUCUAUCAGAUAUUUAUAAAGGCAACUCUGAUUUUGACAUGCCCAAACCAAAAAUUAAAAUAGAUAAUUUCAAAUCAUUAAUGGAUAAUUACUAGAGCCAAUUUUUUUCAAUGGCAAAUUCAUCAUCAUUUUCUUAAACGUUUGAAUAAAUCAAGAAAAUUAAAUCCUAAUAUCAAAAUGAAUUUUCAAUAGAUUAAGAAUUUAUUUAAAUAUAUAAGAAUGUAAGUAUAAAUAAAUAAUAUAGAAAACUCCAAGUUUAAAAUAUAAUUGUAAAAUACAUGA